ACAGUAAUGCUGACGCUGCUACAGUAAAGGGUUCAGCUGUCUGAAAGUGUUAUCCAGUAUUAUUAUCAGACUCCCAAACAUAUCUCCAAAAUGAGCACAAUGUUCGCAGAUACGAUCCUGAUCGUUUUUAUAUCUAUUUGUACAGCACUAUUAGCGGAAGGAAUAACAUGGGUUCUGGUGUACCGCACAGAUAAAUACAAGAGGCUAAAGGCUGAGGUUGAAAAGCAGAGUAAAAAACUGGAGAAAAAGAAGGAAACCAUUACAGAAUCAGCUGGGCGUCAACAGAAGAAAAAGAUAGAGAGACAAGAAGAAAAGCUGAAGAACAAUAACAGAGACCUGUCCAUGGUCCGGAUGAAGUCAAUGUUUGCCAUUGGCUUUUGCUUCACUGCUUUGAUGGGCAUGUUUAAUUCCAUCUUUGACGGACGUGUUGUGGCCAAACUUCCAUUCGUCCCACUGUCAUAUAUCCAAGGUCUAUCCCACCGCAACCUUCUUGGUGAAGAUUACACCGACUGCUCCUUCAUCUUUCUCUACAUCCUGUGCACCAUGUCAAUCCGACAGAAUAUCCAGAAAAUGUUGGGUCUCGCUCCGUCCCGUGCUGCCACCAAACAGGCUGGAGGGUUUUUAGGACCUCCUCCACAAGCAGCUAAAUUUUCAUAAACAUUCACAGACAGUGAGGUGAUUAAACGAAAGGACGAGACACUCAGCUGUACACUGUGUGAUCAGAUAUGAAUGUGAGAGUCAGCGUGUGCAGCUUCCGUUACCUGUGAUGAGCACAGAUGUCAUUUACAUCGUCUUGUUUGUGUGCAUAUUUGUUGUUGUUUGUUUGUUUUUUUAAAUAGGCAAAGUUCUAACUUGUCUGUUGUUUAAUUUCUAAAAGAGAAAGUUUUAGAAGUAGUUAUGAAUUUGAGUCUUAAACAUUAUUCUGUAAAAUCUUUUUGUUGCUCUGAAGGCUAAAAUAUUCUGUUCUAAUAUUAUUAUUUUAUGAUUGACUACAAGCAAUAUUAAUAUAACAUUCAUACUUGAGAAUUAUUUGACCCAUGGAUUAUUAGAUUUUUGUUUUUGAUUGUAUAUGUAAGUUUUAUUUAAGUUAAAUAAAGGGUUUUCAUCCGUUUUGACCUCA